CACCGAUGCUGGCAGGACACCUCAGCUGCUGCGUCCCGAGUAGACCAAGCUAACCGAGAAAAGCUAGCAAACAGUCUCUUCCCUCUGAAGAAGGAAUUCUCUCCUUUUACAUAAGUAUACCAAAUCUUUGAAGAACCGUGUCCGCGAUAAAAUGAAGAGGCGGAUACACUUUUACGAUUUUGUGCUGGUUUAUUCGCUGCUCUCGAAUUUAUGGUCGUGCUCAGCGUUUUAUCUUCCGGGUUUAGCCCCAGUGAGUUUUUGUGAAGAAGGUAAAGGUGGUGAAGAUUGUCAGACGGUGAUUCAGCUGUUUGUUAAUCGUUUGGACUCAGUGGAGUCAGUCCUGCCUUAUGAAUAUGACAUGUUUGACUUUUGCAAAGAUGCCAAGGAAAUGAGGCCUUCUGAGAACCUUGGCCAGGUGCUGUUUGGUGAACGAAUUGAGUCUUCACCAUACAAGUUCAACUUUAAGCAAGAUGUUAAAUGCAAGGCGGUGUGCAAAAAAAGCUACAAGAAAGGCGACCAGCAGGAUGCAGCCAAACUGGAUUUUCUCAAGAUGGGAAUGCAGCUGAAUUACCAGCACCACUGGAUUAUUGACAACAUGCCCGUGACAUGGUGCUAUGAUGUGGAAGACAGUCAGAAAUACUGCAACCCAGGAUUUCCCAUUGGGUGCCUUGUUACUUCAGACGGCAGAGCUAAAGAUGCUUGUGUCAUCAAUUCUGAGUUCAACAAGAAGAACACAUUUUACGUCUUCAAUCAUGUGGACAUCAAGAUCAUUUACCACAGUGGAGAAUCAGAAGGAUGGAGAGGGGCUCGGCUGGUCGCUGCCACUCUUGAGCCAAAGAGUAUCAAACAUGCUGAUGAGAAUAGUCCAAGCUGUGCAGGAGGUAGCCCGAUGGAGGUCCCUGGGGAGUUUGAUAAUGAUGUGACGAUAAUUUACAGCUACUCAGUGACGUUUGAGGAAAACAAUUCAAUCAAGUGGGCCUCUAGGUGGGACUACAUCCUGGUCUCCAUGCCUCACACCAACAUUCAGUGGUUUAGCAUCAUGAACUCCUUGGUCAUUGUCCUCUUCCUGUCUGGUAUGGUUGCCAUGAUCAUGCUGAGAACCCUGCACAAGGACAUUGCCAGAUACAACCAGGUGGACCAGGAAGACUUGAUAAAGCUUCCAUCGACCAAGGGAAAAUCCUCUCUACCCUACGAGGAUGCACAGGAGGAGUCGGGGUGGAAGCAGGUGCACGGGGAUGUUUUCCGUCCCCCCAGAAAAGGCAUGUUGCUGUCUGUGUUCCUUGGACAGGGCACCCAGAUCUUCAUCAUGACCUUCAUCACACUCUUCCUGGCCUGUCUGGGUUUCCUGUCACCAGCCAACAGAGGGGCUCUCAUGACAUGUGCUGUGGUCCUCUGGGUCCUGCUGGGAACACCUGCUGGCUAUGUGUCUGCACGCCUUUACAAAACUUUUGGGGGUGAAAAGUGGAAGACAAACGUCUUGCUGACAGCACUCUUGUGCCCAGGUAUUGUGUUUGCUGACUUCUUCCUGAUGAAUCUGAUCCUUUGGGUGGAGGGUUCCUCAGCAGCAAUCCCCUUUGGCACUCUGGUGGCCAUUUUGGCCCUGUGGUUUGGAAUCUCUGUGCCCCUCACCUUCGUUGGAGCCUACUUUGGAUUCAAGAAACCUGCAAUUGAGCAACCAGUGCGAACAAACCAGAUCCCACGUCAAAUCCCUGAGCAGUCUUUCUUUACUAAGCCUAUUCCUGGUAUUGUAAUGGGUGGGAUCCUGCCCUUUGGCUGCAUCUUCAUCCAGCUAUUCUUCAUACUCAACAGCAUUUGGUCUCAUCAGAUGUACUACAUGUUUGGGUUCCUGUUCCUGGUUUUCAUUAUUCUACUCAUCACCUGCUCUGAGGCCACAAUUCUGCUCUGCUACUUCCAUCUAUGUGCCGAGGACUACCACUGGUGGUGGCGUUCCUUCCUGACCAGUGGCUUCACAGCAGUCUACCUGUUCAUCUAUGCUGUUCAUUACUUCUUCUCAAAGCUGCAAAUAAUUGGAGCAGCCAGCACCUUCCUUUACUUUGGAUACACUACGAUUAUGGUCCUUAUCUUUUUCCUCUUCACAGGUACAAUUGGCUUCUUUGCCUGCUUCUGGUUUGUAAAUAAGAUCUACAGUGUGGUCAAGGUGGACUAGAGGACUGAGGGAAAGACCGACUCCCUGCUGUCGGAGCACUGGCCUCCUCAGUGCUGGCUGUGUGAUAAAGUGGUCUGGAUGGACCUGAAUUGAAACCAUCACUUAUCAUUGAAAAGACCUGAAGAGCAGAGCCCGUCCUUUUGUGCUUUAAGCCUAUGUUGCUAUUGUUUUCAUUUUUAAAAUAUAUAAAAUUUGUGUUCACUGUUGACCAGUAAUAUUUUGAGUGACGCCUUGAAAAUCAGUGUGGGUUCCAAUGAUCUAGUUGUCAUAGUCAGCAGUUUGUUUUGGUGGGUUUAACAGGAAAAACUCUGAUGUUUUUAAGUUUCUAAAAACAGAAAAAUUUUCUGUAUUUUUGCUUUUAUAUUAUGUCUAAAUGUUUUGUUUUUCAUUCAUUACAUUUACUGUAAUGAUGAAAACAUGUACAUAUACUGUACAGAGUGAGUGAGUGAGAGAAUGCUACUUGAAGAUUGUCACCAUUAUGUAUGGAACCUUCUUUUCUUUUUUGUUGAGGUAAUGAUGGGGCUAUAAAUCCUUAAAAUAUUAGCUUAUAUUGUAGUUCAGAAAUUAUAUAAAACACUGACAUUGCUAUGAUACAUGUCCCUUCUCUUGUAUUUGAUGACUACACUUAAGUUUGCAUAGCAGCAAAGGUUACACUUGGUUAAGAAGCACAUCUGUAUCAUAGAAGGAUAUGCUACAGCUUCAGUAUGCUGCAUGUUGAGGAAAUCUCUCAGUGACAUGCCUAACUUGUUUGGCUGCAGAAUAUAUUUUCACCUAGUUAAUCAUAACACGGUCCAUAAAUUUACUGAUUUAAGUACAUAUGCACCAUUGAGAUGCACCCUUUUAAAUUUUAGGAAGCGGUUUACUGAACUGUAACUACAUAAAACACUGCUGCCUUUUGCUUUGAGCAGUGUGGAGUCAUCACCCAAGGUGAUAACAUUUUUGCAAAUAAAUACAGUUAAUUCCAAAUGAAGGCCAUGUUCUUUUCUUCAAGCCACUACAAUGCACACAUGACCAUUUUAUACAUGCUUAGCCGUGUUCCUUACAUUCUAUGUCUGUACAUAAGGUCCUAGGAUUUAGUGUUAAACAUUUCCAGAAACAUGUUCAUGAAUUUCUUGGAACUUAACAAACUUCUUCAUUGUGCUAACUUUUAAAAAGUUUGAGGUUUACCACAAAUGCACAAAAACCUCUAAUUAAGAACCUUCUGUGAAAGUGCUGUGCAGUCAUUUUUUUUUAACAGCUGAGAAUUUGAAAACUAAAAUGGUCCUAACAUCA